AAAAAGAAAUUUUUCCUUCAAUUCAAUUGAAUUGAGUUGUUGAAAAUAACUAAUUAAACGAAGUGAUCUCGACUGAGUAUUUUAAACAAAUGAUAAGAUAGCUUCAUUUCACAUGAAGAAUGAACUGUAAAUUAGCGUCUUGAAAAAAUAGCAUAAAGCCACCAAAUGAUGGCGUGAGAAAAUAAAGAUAAGCUUUCAAUCUUAUCAACAGUAAGGAAUUUUCCUCUUAACUGAAAGAUCUCAUGUCAGUUUGGCAAAUCCUCCGGGAUUUCUUGCCCAUAGAGGCAGGAAUUACGUGGAAUCCCCUGAGUGAGAUAAAGCUCAAUCUCUUUUGAUUUCAAAUCUACCAUCUCAGGAAUCGGGACAAAAUUAAUAGGCGCUCCGACAGGUAAAACUGACAGAAAGUCAGCAACUGAGCCUGACUUGACCAAACUCCGAUGGGCUACGUAAGCUAGGUCCAUCUCCCCGGCAAAAUUGUAUGCUUUUCGCAAAGUUUCCAUCAGCUCCUUCAUAUCCACAUCAGGCCGUAUCUUGACCUUUGUAGCUGUUCCAGCAAAACGCAACUCGAAGAUGAUUCCGGUUUUUGCUUCCAACUGCCUUUCGUAGGUUACUGAAAGAUACAAUUCAAUUGAAUUCAAUUGAGUUUCCUUUUUCUUGGAUAAUGGUUGUUAACACCUUUUUUAAUAUUUACUUACCUAGUCCAACAUCACUAGGUGAUGCAUCAUCCGAGAUAAACAAUUUUCUCUUACUGUUACUGUUGACAGAAAACAUUAAAUCCCCUUUUAGAGGCUCUCCUACGAUAAAAGGCUCAAAUUUAUUGCCAGGACACCGGAAAACAUGUUUGGCGUAAUCGUCAGGAUUGAAGUUCUGCAGACAAUUAAUGCAAUUAAUAUUUAUGGUGUUGUACCAUAUGUCUUCCAUCUUGGUUGACCCUCUAAUCAUGUUGGAUUGAAGCGGCAUCCCGCAAUCUCGAACUGGACAGCUCACUCGCUUUAUAAGCAAUGGUCCAGAAAAGCUUUUCUCUGGCUGAAUUUUUUCCUCAAUACAGACUCCACAAAAUGGCCUCUUACAAAAUGGCUGGUUAAACCCUCCGUCAUGAAAUUUCAUAUGACGAACAAGUUUAUUACAAAUAGGGCACCAAAAUAGAUGAAUCAGCGAAUGUCCAGAACAUUGUUCAAUACUAACGUCCAUGGUGAUCUGAAAUUAAAGAAACAAAAACACUUUUAAUUAAAAUAUCUAUUUCCUUUAUCUCCUCAAGCUGCUCCUGGUUUAUUGUUCACUUCACUCCUUUAUUAUCAGUUAAUUUUGUUACCUACCUUGUUAGUUUUUCAGCCAAUUGAAUUCAAUUCAAUUCAGAGCUACACACUUUAACUAAAUCUUGAAUCGUUGAUUAAAUCUAGCGAUGACUGUUACCACAAUUUUUUAAUCAAUGAAUUCACAAUCAAUGAUUGAUGCAAAGUUAGUCAUAACCCAAAAACAGCUUGAAUGGUAAUUUUUUUACGCCAUAAAUUACUCACUAUUUUUCACUAACGCCCUCUGGUGACAGCAAUAAGAUUCAUACCUCUUUUUUUAUGUAAAGAACUUAUUUCCUUUAAUUCUGUAAUCCUUCUCUUUUUCCCACCAAAUACUUAGUCCUCAUUCAUCCUAUCUCUCUAAUCAUGCAAGAUACCCUAAAUGAUGUUUUUCAGACCCUAAAAAAGAAUCAUCUGAUUAAUAAAUUUUUUGACUCGUGGUAUAAAGAAAAUUCAUCGACUCUUGUGGACAUAAUCAACGAACUCUUGAGCUCAGACCCUGAGAUUUUCAUCCAGAGAAAAGGAAUUACACAAAUAGUCGUGAUAGGCCUUACUCAACUCAUUUCUAGUGCGAUUUGCUGUGGUGCCCACAAUAAUUUAAUUCCGGCAAUUCAAAAACUUGGCAAAGCAGCCCUUCUACUGGACGUCUCUUUUGAUACAGCCUCAAAUCUCUCAUCGAGUUCAUCUCAAGAUUUUUCGUCUCCUCCUACUGUUUCACAUUCUUUGGUGGACGAACAAUUUGCCAUACUUUCAACUCUUAUAAACUGGGAACCUCCUCAAUCUCUUACACAAGCCAUCGCCCGAAACAUUAGAACUGGUUCACGAAGAGUCAAAUUGAAUUCAAUUCUGAUCAAUCCAAUUCCAGAACGUUUUGUUCCAUUAAUCACUGAUUUAAACAGUGAGAAUAUAUUACCUGUUGUUGUCGACUGGCACUGCCUAUCUCAAUUUACAAAGUCUGAAGAACCACUGAAAAAACCUCUCGCUGCCUACCUGAAUUCUAUCUUACCACGUAAAGAUUUUGUUCUUACUAGUACUUUAAAGCCUGACUGGGGUACCGUCAUUUACAUUUUCGUGAAAUCGGAAUUCUCUUAUAAAAUCUUAAAAAACGAGCAGUCAACUUUCGUGUUAAAUUCAAGAAAAAUUAUUUUCAAACCGCUGGCGAAAUACAAAAGCUGUCCUGAAUGCAGCGUGAUUUACAACAGCACACAUUAUUGCUCAACAUCGUCCACUGGAAUGUAGGGAAAAUGAGAAAUCGGAUGAUCAAUCUCUUAGACUCAGUCAUGUCCAAUAAACAUGACAUUAUUUCAAUCAAUGAACCAUCCCCACUACUAACCGCACAACUACUACAGAAUUCUUUGGAGAAUUUCAAACCCGUAAACGAUCAUUACCAUCUCUAUUAUACCAACAAUCUUCUUACAUUGAUCAAACGCUCGAUCAAACAAAAACAAAUCACUACUUUCAUGGAUUAUCUUAUUCAUAUUGAAUUGAAUUCAAUUCACUACCUCUCAGCUUAUAUAGCCCACGCGGGUUCACGCUUCCGUCACAACCAACAAACUGAUCGGGUAAUCUAAUACAUUAAUGACUUGGACGACAACAUCAUCCUUUGUGGUGACCUCAACGUACAAGACCCUCUUUGGUCCUUCAAUUUCCACACACACUCGAAGUGGCAAUCCCUGUACGGUCCCAAGAAACUUAUCAAUCAUAAUACACCUGAUUCGUCUAAUUAUACCUUCUGCCGUUCUCAUGAUGAUGUUCGUACCUGGAUAGAUACAAUACUUCUUUCUGAUAGCUUUACCAUCCUGCACUCCUCCACUAUUGUCCAAAACUGUGAUCAUAGCAUCUUAGAAGUAAUCAUUCAAUGUCCUGUUAAUCCUCCACCACCUCUACCUAGACAUAGGAAGAUUAUAAAAUUAAAAACCACUAAGCUGAAAUUGAGAAAUUCCCAUAUUCGCCCAAAUUCAUUAUCUCGCAACUCACCCCUGAUAAAGAACAUAAAGACUGUGAUGCUCUUCGUUAAACAUAACUCAUCUACACGACUCAAACCUUGGUUCAAACUCUCGCGCGGCCUACGAAAACUUAACGCCAAAAAGAAAAAACUAACAAAAGACAAGAACUGGGUUGCCCAUGAAGCUAUCUCAGAAAAAAUCAGUAGUAAGCGACAAAAACAUGAGUCUAUUCCAAUUCUCAAUUCAAAAUUUGCCAAUUCGGAUACUAAAGAGUUAUGGUCAUGGAUCGAAAAGAAAUUGCUUAUUUCUUCCAAACAGAAAUCAAUUGACAAAAAUCAAAUUUUGAAUGCCCAUCAAUUGAAUUCAAUUGAUUUUCAGCUUUCCUCUUUCACGACUAAGCCUCCUUCAUAUGACGACUCUGGUUUUUUCCCGUGCAUAGGAAAAUUAUAUCUAACGGAAUGGCAAAAGGCCGUAUCUGAAAGCUACAAAAGAAAGACUUCUCUCAACUCAGAUAGUUUCAACAAUCGUACUUGGACUCAAUUCCUACAGCCAAAUGAACAAAAAAUUAGAACUCUAAUCACCACUAUUUUUGAAAUCUCUUAUAUUCCACAAGUGAUGCGCGUUUUCGGUGGUAUCUUCAUUCCGAAGUCUGACAACAUGCGAAUGAGACUGCUAAAAACUCCAAAUUACAUGCUGAAAAUUGUUGACAUUAUAAUAAGCCAACGUCUUCAACUUUUGACGCCUCUCUUCCUGACUCCGAACUCCCAAUUUGCCUAUCAGAAUAAAGUUACACGUUCCUCCUAUUAUCUGAAAGCAACUCACGGUGAUAUCCUCAAAAAAAUAUUUAUAAAAAUAGAUCUCUCGAACGCUUUUGAUGAGAUCAUUAUCGACACACUCAUUCAAAAACUAAAAACCCUGGAUCCCAGCCUGGGAAACUUAGUUGAAAGUUUCUGCAAAAACAGAUUAGUCAAGAUUACCUUAAAAGAUAAACCUUACUACAAAACCGAACUUAUUGGAGUUCCUCAGGGAUCUUCCAGUGGCCCGCUACUUUUUGUAAUGGCCCUUGACGAUGCUAUACAAGAAAUGAACACUCACUGUACUACACUUGCCUACGCGGAUGACCUGAUGCUUAUUCUGGACACUUCACGUGUGGCUGAGAUUCCUCAACUAAUGACCUUUGUGGCUCAAAUUUUCAGGAAAUUAAACCUGAACAUCAAUCAACAAAAGACCCAACUAUAUGGAGCCAUGUAUGGUAAUUUGAACUCGUUAGAAAUUUUAGGAUACAAAGUAUAUCAAGAGUUCAAUUCAAUUCAAUUGAACUCUUUCAAAGCCUUCCUCAACCAGACAACCCUGACAAAUGUGGCAGGUUUAACUAACAUACUAUGUUACAUGCCACUAAAAAUUAAGAGGUUACUUUUGAACAACCUCCUACUCCCUAAAUUCAACUGUAUUGGACACAGUAUUUUCAAGAAUACUACCACUAACAACUUGCUGGACUCGACUUUCUCGCUUAUUACUCCUACAAUUAAUUAUCUUGGUAUCUGGUCAAUCAGUUCUACAGCCCUUAAAGUCAUCUAUGGCAUAGACCACCCCCUGGUACAGAUGUGGCUAGAAGUCAUAAAAUGGUGCAGUGACAAUCCUCAACUCUCUCAUCAAUUUAAACAAAUUUUACCUCCCGAUCUCAUUACCUUAAAAACUUAUGGAAAACAGACUUGCUCAAAAACCACACCGUCUCCACCGAAAUAUUAUAACCAUAUCCGUGAUAUUCUCUACCGCAAAACUAAUAAAAUUACUAGACAUUCUUGGCACAUUCAAACCCCAUCUUCAUUCUUCCGUCUGGAGAAUGAUUCACAAACACACUGUUUCAAAAUACUGUCACGCUAUCAUGCUUUUCUCUGUCAUGUCCAUUGUCAAGUCAAUAAGGUACUUAACCAAGAAUCUGACCACAUUUUUAUACACAAGGAGUUAGGGACUUAUAUUACGGGUACAUCUCCCUAUGUGAGAGAUACCCAUGCCUUAUUAUGGGGCAUCAGAGAUAUGAAAUGGACCUGGUCCAUGUGUAACGAAGAGCUGAGUGUAAUUAAACCUGGAAUUGAAUUCAAUUCAAUGCCUACUGAACCUGAUUUCGUACCGACCAGUUGGUGGCUCAAGCAACAACGCAUCUGGAUCAAUAAUCAAAUAGUUAACUGGCGACUGAACAAAUCCGAUUUUUUCACUUUUCUUGCCCCCAACAUGCUACGACUUACCGACAAUUUUGGCAGGAUUGGAGACGUUAUGUAUUAUGAUUUACUUAAAAAGCUUGGUUUUCCUCCAUCUGGUACACACACAUGCGGAACAAAGCUAACCUGGAGACAUAUAUUCAUGGAACCAUGCGAAAAUUUAAAAGAAAUCAAACUACAUUAUGGAAUCACGGAUAUUAACUUGGAGAAAAAAUCAAUUCGAGAACGAAUACGAAUCUUACACGCUUUAUUUACCUUUCUAGAUGAUUUGGAGAAGUACAAUGAUCUAAAGAAAAAUGGAGCUCUAAUAAUCUAACUUUUCUUCACAAAUCUUCUUUCCUUUUCUCUUAACUAUUAUUAAUUUUUCCUCUAUUUUCAAUUGAAUUCAAUUUGUUUUUUCUUUCCUACAUUAUUUUUAUUUUGUCGAAAAACCAUUGUAUUAUUUUUCACCUAUUUGUAAACGGUCGCGGAAACCGUAAUUUAUGGCGUUGCACUACGAGUGCGAUGUCCGGGUUCAUUCUUCAUAUGUUCGAGUGAAUCCGUUUGGGAUUAGCGGUAUCCUUAUUCCUGUAACAAGGUGAAAUGUUAAUAAAAUCGAGACGGUUAAUUAAAACUCAAUUGAACAUCGACUAUCCUGUUAACUAUUAUUGGAGGCCAUUGUCAAGCUCUAGCUUUUCAUGAUAUCAAUGAUGAAGAUCAAUGAAAGUGUUGUAGAAGUGUGAUCAUCUUAAAGAUUAGGGCUGUGUUUACAAGCAGAUAGCACUUACAAUUGCCACGUAGUCUUAUUGAACAGCAAAUCCAUGGCAAAUGAUCCAGAGAUUAAAUUGUCAUGAUCCAUGGCUAUUGAAUCGCUGACUGAAAAGUUUCCUGGACUAUUAAAUUCUGGAAUCACAAAAGACACCAACAAAUUGUGCCGAUACAAGGAUUUUCUGUAGGUACAUCUUUUACUGGUGACAAUCCACCUAAUCAGAAACAAUUUAUGAUAUUUUUGACAAUUAAAGAAACUGAUUGCGAAGU